CAUACGUGAAACUCGUAUACAACAGUAGUUUAGUGUGGUUCUAUAGACUAUAGAGGUAGACAUGUUCUCCGAUAAAGUCGUGUUGGUCACCGGAGCUAGUUCUGGAAUCGGAGCAGCCACCGCAGUGGAAUUCGCCAAGUCCGGAGCCAAGUUAUCGCUCACAGGUAGAAAUGAACAGAAUUUACAAAACGUCGCUUCAGAGUGUGAGAAAGUGAGUAAAAUGAAACCUCUCACGGUGAUCGCUGAUGUCGCAGUGGAAGCCGACGUGAAGAACGUUCUGGACUCGACCGUAAAACACUUCGGCAGACUCGACGUUCUCGUGAAUAACGCUGGAAUCUCCGGAUCCGGCUCGAUCGAAAACACUUCCCUGCAGCAGUAUGACGAGAUCCUGAACACCAACCUGAGAUCGGUCUACCACCUGACGAUGCUAGCGGUGCCGUACCUCGCCCGAUCACGAGGGAACAUCGUGAACGUCUCGAGCACGGCGGGCAUCCGCUCGUUCCCGGGAUUCUUGGCCUACAGUCUGUCCAAGUCCGCGGUGGACCAGUUCACUCGAUGCGUGGCUCUGGAGCUGGCCGGGAAGCAGGUCCGGGUCAACUGUGUGGAUCCCGGAGUGAUAGUGACGGAGCUGCAGCGUCGCCGUGGGAUGGACGAUGAGAGUUAUCAGCAGUUCCUGGAGAAGAGCAAGCAGCACCACGCUCUCGGUAGAGUGGGGCAGCCCGGUGAGGUCGCAGACGCUAUCCUGUUCCUGGCCAGUGAGAAGGCCAACUUCAUCACCGGAGUCAAUCUUCCUGUAGACGGUGGUCGGCACGCCAUGUGCCCUAUGUAGACUCGCUUACUUUCAUACAUUGCUGUAUUUAUAUGAACAAGUUAAGUACACCUAAAUGUUCAUAAUACAUUGGUACCGUUGUUGUUUUGACCAAAAUAAAGGUUCUUCUGCA